AUGCGUCAUAACCUUGAAGGCGUGACGAGGAUGGAUGGUCAGGGUGUCGAGCGUGGUGACAAGUUGGAUCAGGAGGAGCUGGCGUUCUUACCGAAAGGUGACGCAGGUGAUGAGUCGUGUUGUGAGAGUGGUGUGCUCACAAAGGAGGAUUUGUUGCGUAUUGAUAAAGAAGAGCCGGUUUGGCGUCGAGUCAGGAUCGCCCUGAUUUCUAUCUUUUGGAUCGUUUGGUUCGGUCUCAUAGUUGCUUCUGCGCUAUUUAUCGUCUUUACGCCGAAGUGUCCUCCCCGUCCGUCGCAGCAGUUCUGGGAGUCGAAAGUUGGGUACUGGGUUAAUCCUUUCUCAUUUGUGGAUUCGGAUGGUGAUCUGGUCGGUGAUCUGAAAGGUCUAGCAGACGCUGCUGAGUAUAUCCAAGAAGAGGUCGGUGCUGGGUUUGUAGUGCUGACGUCCCUGUCGCCUCUGUACCCAAAGAGCCUGAUGGAGUCUGGGAAGUCAUCGUUGAAGGGGAUUCACCCGACUCUUGGCAGCAUGGAAGACUUCCACUACUUAUUGCGUAGUUUUAAGAAGAGGGGAAUGCAGGUUGUCGUGACGUUGAACUUCAAUAGCGUGCCAGUCGCACAUGAACUUGCAAAGCCGGAAUUCCUGACAGCGUCGACGGCAAAUGAUAAGUUUUGUCGUGCAGACGCUAGUCCGAAGGAAGCCGUAGAUGGGCAAUACUACUAUUCCACCUACGGAAGUGGAUCGGGAGUUGUCGAUCUGAACCUACAGUCUGCUAAGGUGAUGGAUGAGCUUAAGAACGCUACUCGUUUUUGGCUGUCGAAAGGUGUUGAUGGCAUUCUGCUGGAGGAUGCUGCGUUCUUUGUUGAAGAGGGCUUGUGCUCCGGUGAUUCGUGGUUUGCUGAGCUACCCACAUGCAAGCUGUAUACGCAAAAGACGCUAACUGUAGUAAGCGACUUGAGGAAAGUCAUUGACGAGUUCUCCAGCUCGACAUCGCGCCCACGAGUUUUGUUCGCGGAUCCAGGUAACACGGGCUACGGUCCGAAUGGAAACGUUUCAGCUGAGUUAUUGCUUGGUACAGAGGAAGCUCCAGGUGCACACGUGGUCAUUAGCAGACAUUUCGCCUUCAAUAGUGGAGCUUCCAAUGUUAGUGCAAGUCCCUCAGUGUCAGCGUACAGUUCAUCGGUGAAUUCCUCUCUUGCGGGUCAACUGGCCCUGACAAUUGCAUCGCCAAGCGACAGACCGUACGCCGACAUAUUUUCUACGGCUUCGGCUGUUGUUGAGCUGGUGUUUGUAACUGUUUCGUUUCUAGGCACACCUCUUGUUUAUGCCGGAACUGAAAUCGGGUGGAAUCCGAUAAGCGAUGUACCGUCGGGGCUCUAUCCAUUUGGCGAAAGGCCAAUUGUUGACGAUGUUGCAAGCAAGUUGCCCAUGCCGUGGGAUUCUCAUGGCGCUGGUUUCUCGAAGUCUGAAAAAGUCAGUGGAUUGUAUCAGAAUUAUACAGAGAAACUGAAUGUAACCGAGACAGUCGAGACUUCAAUGGCGGCUGGUCGUGGGCCAAGUAUAUUUAACCUCAGCACUACACUGAUUCGUCUGUACAAGGAGGAACCGAGCCUUCUUUGGGGUGGCUUCUCCCGCAACGUGACCGAGGUAACGUGUGCCUAUUUGUCACACCCAUCGGUUGAGGUCUUCAAGCGUAGCGCUGCCGGCUUCGACAGCGUCGUUGUAGUGAUGGUGGACGCUGACGGGUUCUCAGUUGUGGACUUUACGUCAGAGUGUGCAACUCUGGUUCCGGUUGUUGUCUACCCUCCGAACGAACUGUUUCCCAUUGGAGAGGCGUUGUCCAGUGUGAAGGUAUAUUUCAAGCCUGCGAGUUGUAAGACUGUAUACGUCUUCAAGUGUGCAGUGUAA